GUUUACGUUUCUUUAUUUCACAUUCUGUGUAUCUGCCAGAAAACUUCCACUUCCUCCGAGCUUCCGGCUCCUACCCCCUCCACCAUAAUCGACAUACUAUCGUCGCAGGCACAGUAUUCGUACUUCUUGCGACAUUUGCAACGUCUGGGACUUGUGCCACGUAUCAAUGCAAUGGAAAAUGUCACAAUUCUAGCCCCAAUAAAUCUGGCAUUUACAGGCUACAACGUCAACAAGAACAAGAAAAACGACAACGGAAUCGAUAACCUAGAAGAAAGCGACUGGUUGCGUUACAUCGUUGGUCAGAUAUUCCGUGUGGGCUACUUGGGAAGAGAAGAGGUAGUAUUUGACACUCUUUACCAUACACUGGCCAAUGAGUUCUAUCCGGUGUCUGUGACUCCAAACUUCGACGACUUCGAGUAUGUAGUUGACGGCGUGUCCCCGAUCAUAGAGCCAGAUAUCUAUGCCAAACAUCAACGUUCUUUUGUCCAGGGAAUCGAGCGUUUGAUCCCUAGAAAACCCACUCUUUGUCAGCUACUCAUGGACGAGAAGACAGUGGAGUUCAACAACCACAAGAUCGGUCACUUCAAGAAGCUUGUCAAACUGUUGUUUGCCCGAAGUGACGACGAAGACGAUGAUGAUGACGAUGAUGACGACGAUGACGACGAUAAUAAGAAACAGGAACCCAUAAUCCUUCCAGAAACAUGUGAGGAAUUCCUUGGAGGAAGUAAAACAGUGUUCAUUCCAGACGAUGACAUGUUGGAACAAUCUCUACCGGAGCUAGUGCUACGUUACUACUUGUCUUCUUAUCAUGCUCUUUACAACCCCAAGUUCACAACCACUACUGAGGCAUUCCUCGAGAUGAGGACGGACAUUUAUACACUUUUGCUGGACUUGGUAAUCAAAGGCGUGGUAGCAGGACAAAACGGAACUGGCAGUCAAGUUCACAAGAGUUACAGUAAACACAUAAAGUACGUGGUGAAAUUGAACCACACUGUUGGAAAAGUAGUGGUCAAUGACAAAUUGACAAGUUCUACUUCUCUGGUAUUAGCUGACGGUGCAAUUCACAUUUUCAGUAGGCAUAACGAUACCAAUUUCUUUCAUUCCUUGAAAAUUCCUACAGUGGAAAUGAUCCCGCGAAAGGGACUCUACGCCAUGCAUUUCUCUAACUUCGUCAAGGAGUUGAAGUUCAGAUCCUUGGAUUAUCUUGUUGACGGCUCAACGAGCAACCAAACAAUCUUCGUAGAAUCCGAGCAGCGUGAUGAUAUACCUGAAGAAGACACAGCUGAUUUCCGGGUCAGUUCCUUCAGUAGCAAACAGGGACUUAUGUACCAAUUUGCUGAUGAAGCCAUAGACCUUGCAACGUUUCUUGAUCUGAGGAAAGUAGUUCACAAACUUCUUGAUUCGAGACUUUGUUCGAAGAAAAGAGUAGGUGGAUGUUUCAAGUUGAAGUUGUCUGCUUCCAAUUCGAAUCUGAAGGUUCGUGUAACAGUCAACGAUGAAAUUGAAAUCUUGUCUCCUGCUGUUAAUGUAGGAAAUAAUAGUUUGGUGUAUGUGACAGAUAAGGAUGUAGACCCUCCUUCUAAUUUCAAGAAUUCUUUAGGAGAGUUGAUCUCCUCCGGCUCAAUACCUAGACACUUGGAUCAUUUGGAUAUUGAUAAGAAGAGCUGCCUCAGUACAUUGGGAUAUUUGAACCAAUUUGACUUAUUCUCGUUACUGGAUAACAGUAAGGGAUACUCUGUAUUCUUGCCAUGUGCUCCAGCUAAUUCUGCUCUGAUCGCUGAUCAAGACUUGACAUAUUAUGCUUCCAAUGAAAGUAGGGGCAACUGGAAAAACCUAGGUUUGAUACUUAACUAUUUGGAAGCCAAUCCGAAGGUCUUCCAAGGUAUUUUAAAAGGUUUCUUCAUAGAGGAUACAAUCUAUUCUGAUUUUGGGUUAGAAGGUGGGAAGAAAAAGUUAUCAACUGACAAUUUGCGAGGCGACCCGGUGAAAGUUGAAAGUGACCUUGUUAGUGCCGGUAAUCACUACAUUAAUUUGAACAAAACAAAAUUGACCUUGCCUAUCAAUUCGGAUAUCCUCUUUAAUCAAGGUGUGAUACAUUUGGUAGAUCAAGUUUUGUUACCUGAAAACUUUUCAGUGUCAUUGCCUGAUCUUUUGAAAACUACAAUUGAUCCAAAUUAUCCAAAAUAUUCUCUAAUCGACUUGCUAGACCAUUUCCCAAAAUUGAAGAAAGCACUUGGUUUAGUGGCAGUUGAUGGUACUUUCAGCCACGAGUUUUCCUUGUUGGUACCCAGCUCAGAAUCAUUGAAAGACUUUAACAUCACCAGUGAUUUCCUGAGGUUGCUUGAUUUCUUUGAACUUCAUUUGAUUCCCAAUUCAGAGCUUGGAAGUCUUUUGGAUUGUGUUACCAAUAAAAAACCACUGCCUAUUCAUGAUGGAAAUUCGACACAUUCAGGUAAAGAAUUCGUUAUCAAGACGAACUAUUCGAGUGUUGAGUUGUCGUGUAGUAAUAAUUCGAAGAAAGGAAAGGUUUUCUUGAGAUUGAAAGCACCUCCAGAAUCUCAGGAUGAUAAUGAUCAAAAGAAGAAGAAACUGGAAAUCGGAACCUUUUCAUACAAUCUUGAUCAUGAAGUCAAGUUAAUUUCGCAUGGCUGUACAUCGCUACAUUAUUCGAAAAACUCCACAAAUAACAUCUCGUGUGUUUUCCUUAUUGAAAAGCCGUUGAAUCUUCAAUGGCUCGACCAUUCGCGAAAAGACAACUUCUUACAUAUUCACCUUGGAUUUGUCAGUGUAGGUGUGGGCAUUAUUUUGGGGUUGGCGAUCUUCGGAGGAGUGAUGAUUGGCGCAAUACUCUGCUUGGGUAAUAACAAAAAGAAGUUUGAGAAGCCAUCGAAUAGUCUAGAUGAUUCAAUUUUCCCCAGAAGCGAAUCCAGUUUCAUGAGAGUGCUUACAGAUGAUGACACUGUAUACUACGAUAGAGGAUACGAAACGGAUAUCGAUAUUCUCCGAACAGAAACAGAGCAUUUACUUCCGCUCUACGGAAAGAAGAAGAGAAAAAUUAAACGAAAGGAAUACGGAGCCACUAACAAUUCUACUCGUGGUGUUGAUGGCGUAUCCAAUAACGAUACCACUGGUACUGUUAGUGCUCCUCGAACUAUAAGGAAGGCUAACGUAUCCAAGACAUUCCGCGAGCGGAAUUUCCCUGGAGCGUCACAGUUCUGA